UCUCUCUCCCCCUCUCUCUCUCUCUCUCUCUCUCUAAAAACAACAUCAAAGCUAAAAGAGUACCAGCCGCGUCUCUCAAAAAGGAAGUUGUCAACUUUCUCUGUAAUUUUCUCUCUGAAUUCCCUAUUCUGACUCCAAAUUCCUAUCUUUCUCUGUGGAUUUUCCCACCUAUACAUAUAGAAUCUAUAUAUUCACACACAGACAUAUACAGAAAUCGAAUUGGAGCCCUGAAAUUCUCAAUUCAAUUGACUUCGACGACGAAGAAGACGACCGAGACGACGACGUUUCAUCGCAUCUUCUGGUUUUGAAAUCGUUGUUUGGCGUGUCGGAAAUGGCGAAGCGCGGUUACAAAUUGCAGGAGUUUUUGGCUCAUUCGGGGAGUGUGAACUGUCUUAAUAUUGGGAAGAAGACGUGUCGGCUUUUUGCUACUGGUGGGGAUGACCAAAAUGUGAAUAUUUGGUCGAUUGGCAGACCGACUUCUUUAAUGGUUUAUCUUUCUUGUGUGAUUGUGCAGAGCUUGUGUGGCCACACGAGCCCAGUAGAAUCUGUAACAUUUGAUUUGACAGAGGCUUUAUUGCUUGCUGGUGCUUCUGCUGGUGUCAUAAAGUUAUGGGAUUUGGAUGAAACAAAGAUGGUUCGCACUCUUACUGGACACAGAUCGAAUUGCACUGCUGUUGAAUUCCAUCCAUUUGGUGAAUUUUUCGCCUCUGGUUCUAUGGAUACUAGUCUAAAGAUCUGGGAUAUCAGAAAGAAAGGAUGCAUUCACACAUACAAGGGUCAUACUGGAGGCAUUAGUACUAUAAAAUUCACGCCUGAUGGUCGCUGGGUAGUAUCUGGUGGAUUUGAUAAUGUUGUAAAGGUAUGGGACCUAACUGCUGGAAAGCUCUUGCAUGAUUUCAAGUUCCAUGAAGGACAUAUUCGAUCCAUUGAUUUCCAUCCGCUUGAAUUCCUUCUGGCAACAGGUUCAGCAGACAGGACAGUGAAGUUUUGGGAUUUGGAAACCUUGGAACUGAUUGGAUCUACCAGACCGGAGGAGGCUACAGGAGUACGAUCAAUUGCCUUUCACCCAGAUGGUAGAGCCCUGUUUUGUGGAUUGGAUGAUAGUUUAAAGGUUUAUUCAUGGGAGCCUGUAAUGUGUCAAGAUACUGUGGACAUGGGAUGGUCAACGCUGGGUGACCUCUGUAUCCAUGAUGGGAAGCUCUUGGGUUGCUCAUAUUAUCGAAACUCUGUUGCAGUUUGGGCAGCUGAUAUUUCACUUAUUGAACCAUACGGGACUGGUAUUGUACCUACACAAAAUAACCGCUCUGAGCAGAAAUGUGAUCUCCAAGAAAGUUCUUUGGCAAAAGUUGGAAGUCAAAGAAGGAAUGCUUCAAAUUUCCGCUGCCCAUCUCCAGAUUACGAGACUAAAGAAAUAAAAAAUAUAUACGUGGACACUGCAGGAGGAAAUCCAGUUGCUUCAAAAAGAGUUGGGUCCAAUACCUCUUCUAAGGUUGUACACCCAUCUGAUUCCAAGGGAAUGGAUAAUCUACCAACCCAGAAGCAAGGUCCUGUACUUGGCGUGCUUGCGAAAACUAUAGGGCAUAGACGUAGUAAAUCUUUUGUAGUACCUAGUGUUGUACCUCGGGACGGUCAUGAUGGAAAAGACACUGCCAAUUCUAGAAGGGAAGCUGUUAUCCCUGCUAGGCCCAGCACUGGUACGUCAUUGAAGCCACAUCAUGUACGGAGGCCAUCGUUGGCUGCCAAAUUUGACGUGGAGAGACUGUCAGUGCCUGUUGAAUCUGAAUCUAUUAGAAAAACAAGUGGUGACAAAGCAACGGAUCCAACCUUCCAUGAAAGGCUUGUAGCAGAUGAUGCUAGAGAAGACUCUGGGGAAAAGCAUUUGAAUAUCGACAGCGUUGCAUGGAAGUUUGAAAAGAAAUUAUCACCUCUGGCACCACCUAGUCAAGAAAACUGUAAUGAGUCCCUCAAUGGCACUGAAGGGACAAAUUCAGUUAAAGUUGUGAAUGGAGUGGCAGUUGUACAAGGAAGGACACGUUCUCUGGUUGAGAGGUUUGAAAGGAGAGAGAGAUUAAAUAGUGAUGAAGUUCAAGCACCUGAUACAACCCCUCAAAUAAGACCUGAGACGGCUAAAAUAUCCCCCAUGUUGAAUGGACAUCCACAAAUAACUGAAAGGGAGUUGACAUCUGCAAAUGAUGGUAAUGUUGCCGAAGAUCUGAUGCAGAAUCAUGAUGUAUUCUUAAGUACCCUUCGGUCUCGCUUGACAAAAUUACAGGUGGUGCGCCAUUUUUGGGAACGGAAUAAUAUCAAGGGUGCUAUAGAUGCUACGAGGAAGUUGCCUGAUCAUUCUGUACAAGCAGACCUGAUCAGUAUUCUCAUGGAGAAAAUGGAGGUUCUCACCUUAGAUCUGUUCUCAUGCCUGCUGCCUGUGCUUUUGGGUUUGUUGGAUAGCAAGAUGGAAAGGCAUGCCAGUAUUUCCUUGGAGAUGCUAUUGAAGCUUGUAGCGGUCUUUGGCCCAGUAGUCCACUCAACUAUUUCAGCAUCUCCAGCUGUUGGCGUUGAUCUUCAUGCAGAGCAAAGGCUCGAAUGCUGCAAUCAGUGCUUUAUCCAACUCCAAAAGAUCCAAAAAUAUCUUCCAGUGCUUGUAAGGAGGGGUGGUUUGCUGGCAAAAUGUGCUCAAGAACUAAAUGUAGUUCUUCAAAACUCAUAAUCCACCGUGCCAUCCUCACCCGUUGCCAUUGAAGAGUUGAGCAGUAGCUGGGUUGUUGCCCUUCAACAAGAUUUCAUAUGAGAGAGAACUAUGUCCAUAUCGAGGCUCUCACAAUUUUGGUUUGCCAUUGUCUCUAUUCGUUGUUCAUUUUGUAUAUGUAAUAUGGACCAAUCACAUGUAUAUUGAACUUGUGCUCCCUUAGUUCAAUCACAUGUAUAUUAAAUGGUGCAAGAGUACUUCAAAUUGUUGCAAUAUUAUUUGAGCUUAAAACACAUUGUUGAGUGCAAUGGAAGCGAUUUCAUGACA